CCUUUUCUUUUGCGGAUUGUUUGUUAAGAGUUGUCAAAAAUGAAACUGAAGUAAGCGUCCAAGAUCAUGGAUCAAGCUAGUUACGACUAGUGUAAAUGCUAACGCUGUUGGACGUCUGACGAUCGCCGAUAUCAAAGUUGGUGAGAACCGAACCCAAUUUCGCUGAAAACGUGGCUUGGCCGAUCGUGCUAUAUCGCUCACAGGUCACUCGAGAUCUGAUAGCUGAUUCGUAGACGCCAUCUGUAUGUAUCAGAUAAUCUCCGUGAGAAUGACCGAGAUUCACAUGGCCUUAGUGGCCUGUCUGGUGCUAGGAGCUGUUCUGCAAUUCGUCAUUCUUCCUUUUUAUUACUUCAGACGCGGUGUGGAUCCAAACUGGGACCGGUUGGAAGACAUCUACAUCACCACUGAAUUCAGCAGGGUCCAUUUUGCAGACAAAACCAUCUUCACAGUUCCAGCAAGAAACAACAAUCCAGCUGACCAUGCCAUGUUUCGUCAGAUGCCUGAGUGCCCAGAUACAGAUAUUCCAAAUCUCAAUAAAAUGAACUUCUUGGAUCUCGAUGAUUUCACCAUGGAGCAAGCGGAGAGUCUUAUCUUCGGGGAGGAGGCGAUGAAGAGAGCCAAGCAGGCCACAGUGUUAGCUGACUCGGUCGUCCCAAGCCUCAUCGACAGGACCGACUGGUUCCAAACCUUGGGUAGGAGGAGGAUUGAGGCUCACCUAGGCAAAUUGGAGACGAAGAUAGGGAACUAUACCUUCAUCCCAGGCGGCCAUUGGAAGCCCAAUCAGUGCAUACCAAAAUGGAAGGUUGCUGUCAUCAUUCCGUUUCGGAAUCGUUCCCACCACCUGCCCAUCCUACUUCGCUAUCUGGUUCCCAUGCUGCGGAGGCAGCAACUGGAAUUUGGUAUCUUCACCGUCAACCAGGAAAACGAUUUGACCUUCAACAAAGCGAUGCUCAUGAAUAUCGCGUUCCUGGAGAGCCUGAAUAUAUCGCAAUGGGAUUGCUUCGUGUUCCACGACGUUGAUCACGUGCCACUGAGCGACAUGAAUUACUACGGGUGUGCCAACAUGCCACGGCAUUUCCUCAGCGGCGAUAGUAUUUGGAAUUACACGUUGAUGUACGAGCAGCUGUUCGGCGGUGUGACGGGUUUCCUCGAGAGCAACCUGCGGAAAAUGAACGGCUUCCCCAACGUGUACUGGGGCUGGGGAGGCGAAGACGACGAAAUACUAAUGCGAGCCAAGAAGGUUCAUUUGAACGUAGCUCCCAGACCAACGGGAGGCGAUCGCUAUAUGGGAUUCUACAAAGUCAUUGAGCAUCACCACAGCAGUGCGCAAAAGAUACCAGAAAGGUUGGAUCUGUUGAAGAACUUCUCCAGCCGUAUGGAUAAUGACGGGCUAAGUAACCUCAGGUACCCGCCCCCUCGUCUUGAGAUCCAUCCGUUAUACGUCAACAUCUCGGUGGACAUCUUCAGAUUUGAUUUGGAGGAGAAAUGAUUGCAGGUGACGCCGAAAAGAGGAACUUUAGUCAACAGGACCACUAGUUAUAUGAAAAUGGAGAUUAACAGUGGAUAAAAAAAAAAUGAAGUCAUGAAUCCAUGACAACGAAGAGAUCAAAGAACCGGACAGUUUUUUUCUAAGCUGUGCGGACACGGCUUCCUCUUUUAAUCAGACAAGUUGUUCAGAAAGUGCAGAACUGUUGUGGUCAACUAUGAGAAAAUGUUUGUACAUGUAGAUAUCAAACAGACUAUAAACCUGUUGGGGUAAUAUAAUUUCUAUGGAACAAGCUAUUACGAAGAGCCUUUUUAAACAAUGGGUCAUUAGUCAUAUGGUCAUUCUGGGUUGUGUGUCCAGCAUGGUUCUGUGGAUGUCCCAUGGUUCCAACUUGUUUUCAAAACAUGUCCAACUUGUUUUUACAGCUGUACAGUUUAUUAGAGUGCUUCCUUUUAAGUUUGGUAAGGCCCAUGGGAGCUGCAACAUUUGGUUGCAACAGUGUCAACAAUUGUCUUUUGCACUUCUUACUAUUGUAUUUUGAAAGAACUUUGAGUGGGUUUAAUUCCCUUCCUCUUAAUACGAGUACGACCGAGUACUUCGACGUCCCCAUUAAAUUACGGGGACCGGUAGCUAGUUCCCAUGUAAAGCCACUGAUUGGGUAGCCUCUGCGCGUGCGCAUUAUUUUUUUAUUUUGAAAACGUUGUUCGCAGCUUGGUGCGUGGAUGAACGCAUGGCUUUCCUAAAAUCGAAUUGACUCCAAAAAGUCCUUUAUACAUAUCAAACAAAUCUUACUGUAGAAAUGUUACUGUAGGAAUCAUCACAUCCCUCGGUUUAGUAAAAAGUGACAUUUUUGUAAGAGAAUCAUACUACAUGGGAACUUUCAGGAACCAUUGUAAAACAUAUAGUUGAGUGUUGCUAACAUUCGUGUCAAUUCCUGCCCUGGUGAGCAACUGUACUCCGUGAUGUAUACCGUCACGAUUCUGCCGCUUAUACACGAAGCAAGAUGUAUCUGCAAAUAUAAGAAAUAAUUAUUGUAUCUAGUUUAUUCAAUAGGCAUAUUAUAUUAUCGAAGUACAAACAAACUUUCGGAUUGAUGCAGAUGGAGUAGAUAUGUCAUAAAAAAUGAGGUGCCACUGCCCGAAGACGAAAAUAAAAAUUGAGAAAGGAAA